AUGGACAGGUGGGGGUCGCGGCGGCAGCAGGAGGUGAGGCAGGAACUGCUGGGAGGCAACCUGCCGCAGAGGAGGGCGUCGAGGUGGAAGAGCCUGGGGCUGAUCCAGCCCGGACGGCGACUGAAGAGCGUCGACACCGCCGAGAUGGCUCCAGUUGACGUGCCCACAUACCAUGGCCCUUCAAAGGCUACAAAGGAGAGCGCCACUCUGGUGAAGGCGUGCCAGGCCCAGUAUGACGAGCUCGAGGUGGCUAGUGAGGAGACUCGCUCAUUUAGGGAGAGUGCCAGCAGUGUGAGGGAAGCCGCUAUCAAGGCCAUGGCGGCCCUGGACAUGGCUCUUUUGAGUGAAAAGAAAGUUGAGCCCCAUUUGUCGAAGCUCAGCGCAGAGAUCCGGGCGCUGCUGACGAGGGGCACCAUGCUUGUACGAAAGUAUGGUGACACGCCCAGGAUCGUGAGGCACCUUCGCACUGGGGCCAAGAAGAAGAAUCUGUCUGCUCGGUUCAUGAAGGUGGCACACCAACUAGAGUUGAUGGCUGAGGAGGCCUGGCAGCUGCGUGAGAAGGGAGAGGCCUAUGUGUCCAAGAGCAAAAAGGAGGCACAGGGACAGGGCUUGGGUGUGCCCACUGUUUCGGGGAGGUCCAGGCGUGCCCCAGGGGAUUUGGGUUUUAAGCUUGUAAGGAAGCGGAUUCGCAAGGGGAAGAUUAUGGACAGGCAAAUCACAGCCCUUCUCUACAUUGAGGACUGCAUGUCGGCUGGAGGGGUCCAAGCCCGCGACACACAGGGCAUUUUGUGGUGGUCGAAGGGUGGCAUGCUCUUCCGGCAUGACCUUGGGACUGAUGCCACCAGCGAGAUCAGUGCAGAGAGGAUCGGCUCUGCAGUGCUGUGCAUGUCCAGCGACCACCUGGGCAGAAUAUGGACUGGCCAUGAAAAGGGCAUGCUCAAGGUGUGGACCAACAAUGGAGAGAUCUUGCUGGCCAGCAGCCAGUGUCAGAGCACCGCCAUCAGGGCGAUCUCCAUUGACGAGUGGGGUGUUGGAUGGGUGGGAUGGGCGAAUGGUAUCGUCAGGAGGCUGGAGAUCAGAGGCAGGGAGGGAUUCUUCCAACUGGAGGUGCUGGGGGUUCUGGCUCCAUCUGGCAGGGACACACCUUGCGAUUCUUCAGUGAAAGAAAUGGCUGGUGCCAAGGGCAUUCGCAAAGUGUUCAGCAUGAGAACUGAACCCCGCGCGCAUCAGGGGCGAGUGAGGUGCAUAUUCCCAAAGAAUGGCAAAGUCUACACCUCAGGUGGCUCCAGCCGCUCGUGCUCAAGCAUCAAAGUGUGGGACGACACGGGGGAAGCUCUGGGCAGUCGGCAUUGUUCACAUUACGGACUUUGUGACACGAUGGCUGCCAUGAACUGGGAGGUGAAAAAGAGAACAUCUGCCAUAGAUGACGACUGGCGGCUUCUAUCAGGGCAUGACAGUGGGGACAUCGUCCUGUGGAACCCUUCGUCACUGCUGCCCAUGGUCAAAGUUGGUCAAAGCAAGAGCCCCAUCAGGAACAUCUUCGUGAACGAGCCCCUGGGCAUGGUCUACGUCAGCCACCAGGACGGCGCCGUGGGCUUCUGGUCCAUGCUGCGCCCCGACCCCAAGACGCCGGGCAUGAACUCCGGCAACGCCACGCACUACCACGCCCUGUACAAGCACCUGCCGCGGCAGGGCGCCUUCAAGGCGCACAAGGGCAAGAUCGCGCACUCCGCGGGCGGCACGGAGAGCAUGGUGACGGCCAGCCGCUUCGGCACGGUGUCCUUCUGGCCGGAGGCCUUCCUGCAGGAAGAGGCACGCAAGGCGGGCUUCUCGCUGCCCAUCGUGCCCGGGCCCCUGCGCAAGAGGGCGACACAAAUAUGGGUGAAGCGCGUGAGCAAGGUGGACACGGUGCACCGGUUCAACACCCUGAAGAACCUGAACGUGCCCGCGGACCCCGAGAAGUCGGCGCCCCCGCGCCUGCCGGGCAACGACAAGCCCCCCAUCCCUCCCGGCCUUCACAGCGGCUCCGGCAAGAAGGCCCUGCACGCCAAGCCCCUUGCGGCCAAGGCCGCCCCGCUGCCCACCCCCUCGAUCGAGGGACCGCCCAUCCGCGCGGCGGAGGGCGUCAGGGAUCGGCCCAGGGAGGAGUUCGGGCGGGACGUCACUCCGAACGACAACGGCCUGACGACCGACGACCGGACAGUGACCGUGGACGCGGCGUGGAUCACGACGGACGAUGACAACGACGCCGCGAGGCUGGGGACCAUCCAGGAGCUGCCGUCCACGAUGCUGAGCAGCGGCCAGAGCAUGCGGCCCAUGGGGGAGGACGCUGGGUCGCCGUCGACGGUCGGGCUGCAGAGCAGCUUUGAGGGCUUUAGGUCCCUGUCAAAGGCCGGGCAACGUCUGAGUCUGGGUCGCGAGGCCAGCAUCGUUAUCGAUCCCCUGCCCCCGGAGCACUCCAUCCUGCUGAGCCGCCACGACCUCAGCUGGGACAAGGCAGAUGCAGAAACCCUUGGGGACGGUGCCUUUGGGACAGUGUACAGGGGAAAGGCCUUCAUGACUGAUGUGGCGAUCAAGGUGCUGAAGGUUAACAACCUGCUCGGCAACUCAGGCGCCCUCAAGGCACGGGAGGAAGACCCUGACAGCAACGACAGGGCCGAAGCGGCAUUGGCAAAGGCAAUGCACAUGCUCCAGCGGGAGGCGCAGGUGAUGUACUAUCUUCGGCACCCCAACAUCGUGAUGUUCAUGGGUGUGUGCCUCGACCCACCAAGUCUUGUGACGGAGUACUGCGCAAAGGGCUCCCUCUUUGACCUGCUGCAAAGGGUGCGGGAGGGCAACGAGGCGAUGGGAAAGCAGUUGACGUGGCGGAGGCUUGCAAAGAUGGCACUGGAGGCGGCCAUGGGGGUGUACUACCUGCAUCGGCAGGACAUUGAGCACCGCGAUCUCAAGUCACCCAACUUGCUGGUUGACGCCUUCUGGAAAGUCAAAGUUUCAGACUUUGGGACAUCAAAGCUCCUGUCCCCACAGAUCCAUGCCUCGUCUGUGCACGCCAGCAACCCCCGCUGGCUGGCGCCCGAGGCUCUGCGGGACAAUGUGUAUGGCUUCAAGGCGGAUGUGUACUCUUUUGGCAUUAUCUUGUGGGAGCUGCUCACCUGGCAGCAGCCCUGGGAGGAGUGCCCCCGCAGCUGCCACGCAGUCACAAUCUACAACUGGGUGCUGGAGGGACAGCGCCCAGAGAUACCCCCUGCCACUGAACUGCCAGCUGGGCCUUGUCCGGUGUACGAAGAUUGGACAACCCUGAUCCAGAGGUGCUGGGACCAGGACCCCCAGAGGCGGCCAGAAUUCUCCUUCCUGGUGAAGCACCUGGAGGAGAUGUUGCGCAAGGUUGUCAAGGCGGAGGUGUCCCUGAAUAGGUCUGAGCCCAGCCCAUUUGAAGUUGGCGGGGGCCUGCAGCGCAACUCCAACGUCCCCAGGCCCAUCGUUGUGGACGGCUACCCAAGCACUGGCAUGACUGGCAGAGUGUCAGGCAGUCCGAGGGAGUACACCCGCCACCCCAGGGCACCGUCCCCACCACCACCACCACAGUCGCCCUUUGGGGCCCCAGGAUCUAGGUCACCGUCUCCCCAACAGGGCGUGCCCCAAUACACACAGAAUGAAUCUCCCAGAAUGGACAAUCCAUUCAUGAUGGCAGCCAUGAAGGGAGGCCCGCCGGCUUCAUUCCUGGCACCCCCACCAAGGAUGCCCACGGCAUCUGAGGCGAGCUCGGAGCUGAUGCGGGGAAUGGGGGUGGAUGCAGAAACGGAAGCCAGCAGCCGCGAGCAUGAGAGCCGGGAGGAAACACCCUCGCCCUCCCCGUUCACGAAUGGACCCUUUGGAUCGCCACCCAAU